AUGUAUGGAAGAUCCGGCUCCAUCGCCGAGGCCCGGCGAGCGUUCCUGGCCAUCCCGUCCAGGCUCAAGAGCGUCGCUUCCUUCAACUCGAUGCUCCGGGCGUACGUUCUCGCGGGACUCCAGCGCGAAGCCAUCGAUCUCUUCGACCAGAUGCCCAGCGAUCCAGCGCCUAACGCCGUGAGCUUCACGACCGCGAUCGGGGCUUGCUCGGCGCUCGGCUGGAUCGAGAAAGGAACAGCGAUCCACGCGAGGCUCGCUGGAACCGGGCUGGAAACCGACAUGGGUCUGGCCACCGCGCUCGUCAACAUGUAUGGCAAACGCGGGCUCUUCGAUCUGGCCACCAAAGUCUUCGAAUCCAUGACUGCCAAGACGGUGGUCACCUGGAGCGCUCUCAUCGCAGCGUAUGCCCAGCACGGGCAUGCCGAGGAGGCAUUUGAUCUGUACAGGAGGAUGAUGAGAGAGGGAUCCAAGCCAAACGAAGUUACCUUCUUGAGCGUGCUCAGUGCUUGCUCCACGAUGCGGUGGCUGGAGCGCGGCCGGGAGAUCCACUCCGAGAUCGUCAACUUGGGCUUGGACAGAUCGCUGGUCCUGAUGAACACCGUGCUCACCAUGUAUAUCAAGUGCCGGAGCUUGGACGAAGCUGGAGAGUUCUUCGCGGCUAUGGCUUCCAGGGACUUGAAGUCGUGGAUGUUCAUCAUCGCGGCGAAUGCCCAGCAAGGCCGUCCCGAGAGAGCGCUGGCGCUGUUUCGGUCGCUGCUAGAGGAGAAGGAUCCCACUCUCCAGCCGGACGAAGUCAUCUUUGCCAGCGUUCUCAAUGCCUGCUCCACGAAGAAGUGGUCGGAUGAUGGAAGGGCUAUCCACCGGAUCAUCCCUCCUCGGCUGGAAGCUACUGCUGUGAUCGGCACUGCUCUCGUCGACUUCUACAGCAACUGCGGAGAUCUCGCGAAUGCCAAGUCUGCCUUUGCCAGGAUCGUUGACAAGGACGUCGCUGCCUGGAACGCCAUCAUCGGUGCUUGCAUCCAGCACAGGCUCUACGAGGAAGCUCUCGAGAUCUUCUACCGGAUGAACGUAGAAGGCUGCUCGCUGCCAAACCAUCGCACCUUCGUGGCUCUGCUCGAGGCAUGUACCGAGUCGCCGUCGCUAGGAGCUGCCGGGAGGAAGCUCUACGAGCGAAUAGUCGCCAGUGGCUAUGAGCUCGGCCUCGUCCUUGGAACCGGGAUCAUCAACAUGUUUGCAAAGUUGGGUAGCCUCGAUCGAGCUCGAGACGUCUUCGCGAGGAUGCCGAUCAAGGACCUGGUGUCCUGGACCGCCAUCAUCGCCGCUCACACCCGCAGUGGAGCUCGAGUCGGGGCCAGAGAGCUGUACUGGAUGAUGGCACUCCAGGGCCUGGAGCCUGACGAGGUGACGUAUAUCAGCAUUCUCUCCUCGUGUGCUCACGCAGGGAUGGUGGACGAGGCCUGGAGCUACUUUGUGUCGAUGACCGAGGACUUUGGAGUCGAGCCGCGGGAGGAGCACUACGUCUGCGUGAUUGAUCUGCUGGGACGAGCUGGACGGCUGCGGGACGCCGAGGAGCUCGUGAUGAAAACGUCCAAGCUGCUGGGGGCAGUGGGAUGGACAAGUGUUCUGGGCGCCUGUCGGACUCACGGGGAUUUGCAUCGAGCCAACCAAGUUGUGGACGAGGCUGUCAAGCUCGAGCCAGGAAACUCUGGAGCGUAUCUCCUGCUUGCGCAUACUUCUUAUAAUAACCAUUGA